AUGGCGGGCUGGUGGCGGGCGCUGCCGCGCGCGGCCCGGCGCCACCCGUGGCCCACCAACGUGCUGCUCUACGCCGCGCUCUUCACGGCCGGGGACGCGCUGCAGCAGCGGCUGCGGGACGGCCCGGCCGACUGGCGCCAGACGCGGCACGUGGCCACCGUGGCCGUGACCUGCCAAGCCAACUUCAACUACGUGUGGCUGCGCCUGCUGGAGCGCGCGCUGCCGGGCCGCGCGCCGCGCACCGUCCUGGCCAAAGUGCUGUGUGACCAGGCGGUCGGCGGGCCGCUUGUCGUCUCCUCCUUCUACGUCGACUGGUCUGAUGUAUUGGCCUUUCGUACAGCUAACCAACUUCAUCCUGGUUCCUGUUCAGUGGAGAACAGCUUACACUGGACUCUGUGGUUUUCUCUGGGCUACCUUCCUUUGCUUUUCACAACAGAGUGGUGA